CCGAUCGUGCUCAAGGAGGAGAAGGGAGGGUUCCCUUAUCAAUAGCGUUGGAAGUGAGGAAAAGAGAGGGGAAAGGAGUAGCACCAUCUUGUCCCUUGCUGCUGCUCCUCUCACUCCCUUUCGUUUGCAGGCCCGUCCUCUACAAAUCCUCAUAUAUAUCUAUCUGUUUCUCUCUCUCUCAAUUGCCAAAUACAUCUCUGCUUUUCUAAGUGGAGAGGAGGAAGAACUCUCCCUUUCUCUCUUUCUUGCUGUGAAGUGUAUUCCCCAUUCCAGAGCAAGAAGGUGGAGGAAAGGAGGACGAAGGAGGAAUAUACGUAAUGGCUGUAACUCCUUGUGGCAGUACAUGGGUAGUGCAAUUGGGAAUAAGACCACGGUCUAUGAUGAGAUAUUCGGCUGUGAAUACAAUUGCAGUUUCAGAGAAAAGCAAGUUAUGGACAUCUCACUGUGCUUUGAGCAAGGAAAAGAAAUUGGGGUCGUCAUGUACAAGCUUCUUUUCCCAAGAUUCUCUUUUCGCGUUGGUUAAUAUGGGGUCACAACAUCUUAGUUGUCGUAGAGGAGCACGUUUUGUUGUUAGAGCUGAUGCUGAUUAUUAUUCUAUCCUUGGGGUGUCAAAGAAUGCCAGUAAGUCGGAGAUAAAAAGUGCUUAUCGUAAACUUGCCAGAAGUUACCAUCCAGACGUGAACAAAGAGGCUGGAGCAGAACAAAAAUUUAAAGAGAUCAGCAAUGCUUAUGAGGUUUUAUCUGAUGAUGAAAAGCGAUCCCUGUAUGAUAAAUAUGGGGAGGCUGGCCUCAAAGGUGCUGGCAUGGGAAUGGGGGAUUUCAACAAUCCUUUUGAUCUAUUUGAAUCCUUAUUUGAGGGCAUGGGAGGAAUGGGAGGUAUGGGGGGGAGAGCUGCUAGGAACAGGCCAAUGCAAGGUGAUGAUGAGACCUAUAGCCUUGUUUUAAAUUUCAAGGAAGCUGUUUUUGGCGUUGACAAGGAAAUAGAAAUUACUCGGCUGGAGAAGUGUAGCACAUGUAAUGGGUCAGGUGCAAAGCCUGGGACAAAGCCGGUCACUUGUAAUACUUGUGGAGGGCAGGGACAAGUGAUCUCAUCAGCGAGGACCCCAUUAGGUGUAUUCCAACAGGUUUCUACUUGCUCUGCAUGUGGUGGAGUUGGAGAGAUCUCAACACCAUGCAAUGCAUGUAGUGGUGAUGGACGAGUGAGGAGGACAAAAAGAAUCAGUCUUAAAGUUCCAGCAGGUGUUGAUUCUGGAAGCAGGCUGCGGGUACGUUCCGAAGGGAAUGCUGGUAGAAGAGGGGGCCCCCCUGGAGAUCUCUAUGUCUUCAUCGAUGUACUUGCUGAUCCAGUUUUGAAGCGCGAUGGAACCAACAUCCUCUAUACGUGCAAGGUAUCCUACAUAGAUGCUAUUCUUGGCACGACCACUAAGGUGCCAACUGUGGAUGGGAUGGUUGAUUUGAAGGUACCUGCUGGAACUCAGCCAGGGACAACACUGGUUAUGUCAAAGAAAGGGGUUCCAUUUCUUGGCAAGUCUAAUACCCGUGGCGACCAGUUAGUAAAAGUGCAGGUGGAGAUCCCAAAACGGCUGAGCAGCGAGGAGAGGAAGCUGAUAGAAGAGCUUGCUAGCUUGAGUAAGUCCAAGACUGCGAACAGCAGAAGGUAGUAAAAUACACUUCACGUUCCGGAUUCUUUCUCGAUUUUGUGAUAAGAAAAAGGUUAUGUGAAGUUGGGUUAUAGCUUAUAUCUGAAUCUUCGUCUGGGGGCGACAUGAUUUUUGUUAUUGGUUGCAUAUUAAUAGCAUGAUAAUCGGGGUUACAAGCCUGUAACUAGUUCA